AUGAAGGAACGCCCUCGAAAGCCUGACCUCGCAAAGUUCACUGCUGACGGAGAUAUUAUCUUUCUGGGCCGACAGAGCGGUUUCGUCAAGAUACGAGGUCUACGCGUAGACCUGGGCGAGGUCGAGCAUGCAAUCAACUCAACUGCAAGCGCACGUCGCUCGGCCGUAGUGCUCCCUGAGGCUGGAGGAAACGAUGUGGAACUGGUGGCUUUUAUCGAGACGACAGACAGAUACAAAUCCCAGCUCACAGAUGAAAUGCACAGUCUUCUGUCUGAGAUCUUGCCGUCAUACAUGAUUCCCAGUGUGUUUAUCCCCGUGGACAAAUUGCCGCUGACGACAUCGAGAAAACUGGAUCGACAGCGACUUCGAAGCGAUCUAUCACAAAUGAGUCAGAAGAGCCUUCAGCCAAUUCGCAGGGGCGGUGCUGCUGCAACGGAAUUCCCUGUGAUACCAGUCACGAAGCCGGCAGCAAUUGAGAUCAGUUGCAUGGUCGCCGAGCUACUCGCAAUCAGAGACGAAGUCUACGCAAACUCAUUUCGUGGAAAGGAUUUUCCCCUGGAGACCGUUGGCCUGUCAUCAAUACAACUGGCCUCCCUGACGACUUUGUUAAGAAAAAGAUACGACAAGAAAAUCAAAAUUGGAGAAUUGCAGCGACAAGCAUUGACUCUAUGUGACGUUGCAGACCUUGUCUUGAAGCGGAAAAAGGAACACAUUGACGAAGUCAAACACGAAAUUUGA